AUGAUCCGGAUUGAUAAAAUCCCGGAAAAUAAAAUUCCGGAACGUAAGACAACGGAAUGUAAUAAUCCGGAAUGUAAAAUCCCGGAUCGUAAUAGUCCGGAAUGUAAAACUACGGAACGUAAUAUUCCGGAACGUAAAACCACGGAAUGUAAUAAUCCGGAAUGUAAAAUCCCGGAUCGUUAUAAUCCGGAAUGUAAAACCACGGAACAUAAUAUUCCGGAACGUAAAAUCCCGGAUCGUAAUAUUCCGGAAAGUAAAAAUCCGGAAAUAAAAUAA